GCGUCCGUCCGCCGCAGCGAUUGUUACUUGAUUCCGUCCAUUAUUCUAGGUGUGCGCGUCGCGGUCACAAAUAAAUUCACUUCGUUCUCGCGAAUGCAGUGCGCGUGCAGGUCCUCGCAGGCAUCGCAUAUCCUUCGGGACAAAUGAUGUAAAGACUGAUUGCUCAUUUCCUGGAGGCGCUAUACUCAAUUGUGAUUUUCGAAAUCGGCACGAGGACGAAAGGAAAAGCGAGAACCGGUCCAAGACUUCCAAGCGACGAAGAUUGCGAAAAUUUCACGCGCAAACAUGAGCGCGGUUUUCAAAGUUGGAGUGCUUCUCCUUUGCCUCCACUUUGUUUUCUGUCAGCAAGACUACGACCCCAAUGAUCCAUAUCGCAAAAAUAAUAACAACGACCCCUACAGUCGAAACAACGAUCCCUACAACCGCAGCAACGACCCCUACAGCCGCAAUAAUCAAAGUGGAUACAAUCGCACCAACGAUCCAUACAAUCGUGACCGCAACGAUCCCUACAAUCGCGAUCGCAAUGACCCGUACAACAGAGACCGCAAUGUCAAUGAUCCAUACGGCAGGAACGAUCCUAACCGGGACCCCAAUGACCCUUAUAAUAGAAACAUAGAUCCGUCCAGAAAUGACCCGUAUAAUCGUAAUAACACCAACCGUAAUGAUCCCUACAAUAGGGAUCGCAACGAUCCUUAUAAUCGCGACCGUAACGAUCCUUACAGUAACAGAGAUCGUAAUGAUCCUUACAGCAGGUCUAACGAUCCAAACCGCGACAGAAACGAUCCCUACAAUCGCGAUCCGAACCGUGACAGAAACGAUCCGUACAACAGAGACAGAGAUCAGCUCAAUCGAAAUGACCCGUACAACCGAGACCCAAACAGGGACAGAAAUGACCCGUACAACAGAGACCGUGAUCACAACCGGGAUCCGUACAGUAGGGACUCAAGCACGAGUCGCUAUGGACAGGUCGGCAGUGGGGUUGGUGGAGGCAUUGGCGGUUCUGGAACCUACGGAGGUAGCGGUAGUAGAUAUGGUACCGACGAUAGUAACUGCUGCGAGGAAUACUGCUACAACAUUGAUGAACAGCCUUAUGUCAAACUUGGUGCUAAAACCCCGUAUCAGUUUGUUUACGGCAAAAUCUCUAACCAACAUAUUGUUCCGCAAUGCAAACCAGUGCAAGUGUGGAGUCUUCUUCGUGAGGGUACCAGUGUGCCAGAUAGGCAAUCUAUUGAACGUUACAGGCAACUUCAGAAGAUCCACGAUGAAAUUGUUAGGAACUACGAGGAUCGCAGGUCCUUCCCCGACAAAGGCAGAUUGUGUGCCGAGGAUUACGACAUUUUGAGAAGAUGGAGAUGGAAUGACUCACUCUCUGACUCUAUGGCUGGCAGCUUGACCCAACAAGGAUCUGAUGAUAUUAAGUUUUUGGCUAGGCGGUAUCAGACCCGACUUCGCGAAUUGUUGCAACCUUACAACGACCAACUCUACUAUUUCCAACAUACCGAAGGUGAUCGCACGGUGGAAUCAUACCAGGCGUAUAUUCAAGGAUUAUUUGGAAGCGAUUAUCAACGCGUGCAUGCGAACGUCCGCGGUGGUGGAUACAGUGGCGGGUACGGAGGUAAUAGCUACAAUCAAGAUGCCAACCGAUAUGACACACGCUCGGAGAACUAUGAUCCCUUUGCUGCACAUGACAACUCACAACAAAACACUUAUGGAUCUCAAUACGGUUCAGAUACGCGAUACGGUUCUGGAUCUACUUACGGAGGUGCUGGUGGAUCAUAUGGGAGCUCGCGCUGCAAGUCUUAUCAACAAAGAAUGGACGAGAACAGGGAGACAGCAACCGAAUACAGGAGUUUCAAAGAAAAGCCGGAGUACAAAGAGAUGGUUCGUAAUGUAUUCAGGCGUCUUGGAUUCCGCUACAAUCUGAAUGAUUCCCUUAUCGAGGACAUGUACGACCUGUGCCGAUAUGAAAAGUCAUGGUACGUGACUCGUCCGUCACCAUGGUGUGCGGCCUUCACGCCUGAACAACUCAAGUUGUUGGAAUACGGUGACGACCUGUUCUACUUUUAUCGAUCUGGUUAUGGACACGAAUAUCUCAACAAGAACUUGGGCUGUGGGUUAGUUAAGGAUUUGUAUGAUAGAUUCGAACGCACUGUAAACGGUGACACAAGUGAGCAAAAGGCAAUAUUCCACUUCCGCGAUCUGGACACCAUGCUGAAGACCAUAGUUGCGCUGGGUAUUCGCAGAGACACCAAUGUACUCACCGCCGACAACUACUAUCAGCAUACCCGUCGCAUGUGGAGGACCAGCGAAAUUGCGCCAUUCUCAGGAAACCUGGCGGCCAUAUUAUACCAAUGCGAUAAUCAAGCUGAAAAGUACAAAGUAAUGUUCUUCUUGAACGAAAAUCCGGUUGAUUUCCCCGAGUGCUCAGUGGGCCUGUGCUCAUGGAAUACCUUCCAGCAGAAGCUGCAGUAUCUAGCGCAGGAGUGUCGUCUCGAUUGGUGCGAGCGUGGGUCAGCCAACCAGGCGAGCAAAUCCAUCGCGGUCAUCCUGACUGCGCUCCUUGUUGCCGCCUUCUUCAAGUAUUAACGCGUUUGCGCGGCGUCCGCAUAAAUUCAAAUCUCACACAUUCACCUUUUUCUCCUACGUUACAUUUCAGUACAUUCUAAUUACCAUUGUCACAGCAUGGGCAAGGCAUUGAAACGAAAAAUUUUCACACGAAGGUGGAGCGGAACGAACGUGGACGUUAACUUUGAGAGAUUUUUUUUUAAUGCUUUUUAUUACUUCUUCAUGUGAAACAAAUUUGUUGUGAACAUUGUAUUUUAAGUUGUUUUUUUAAAUUUUAUAAAAAUGUAGUUUAUUUGCUAUUACCGCUAGUACUUGUGAACGUUGUUAUCGUUUUUAUUUUUUGUAUGAUGUAAGUAAUAAGAUGAUACUUGUGUUCAAAAUAUAUUAGUGUACAUUUAGAUUUUUAUUCAAAACGCAUUUAUUUUGUUAGGCAGUCGGCAAACAUUUUCAAUAAAAAAUUGAUAAAUUUAAUCAAAUGCUUUAGAAAGCAUUCAUGUUUAAUGUAAUAAUCUACGGUGCACUUAUCAACUUUUAUACUAUUUUUAAAAAACGUCCAAAAGAUGUAGAAAUAUUUAAUAAACAUUACAAAACCUUUA